UCUAACUGCACAUGAGCGCCCCCCUGGGUGUUCAGCUGUGUUCAAUCAUAAAUUCCUCUCCUCAUGCUGACAGCGCAUGAGGAGAGGAGAGCCGAUAAGCGGCAUUCCUCAAAGGGGACAUCUACACUAAUCAUCAGGGCACUGAUGAUCAGUGCCCUGAUGAUCAGUGUAGCCCAAUCAGUGCCACCUGCUAGUGCCCAUCGAUGCCACCUGUCAGUGCCCAUAAAUGCCACAUACCAGUGCCCAUUACUGCACAUCAAUGCCACAUAUCAGUGCCUACCAAUGCACAUCAAUGAUACAUAUCAUUGCCCAUCAGAGCUGCCUUUCAGUGCCAACUAUCAGUGCCAGUCAGUGCCACUUAUCAGUGCCCGUCAGUGCCGCCUAACAGUUCCAAUCAGUGUCGCCUAACAGUUCCAAUCAGUGCCGCCUAUCAGUGUCAGUUAGUGCCACCUAUCAAUGCUCAUCAGUGCCACCCUAUCAGUGCCAUAUAUGAGUGCUGCCUUUCAGUGCCCAUCAGUGAUGCCUGUCAAUGCCCACCAGUGAUGCCCAUCAAUGCCCAUCAGUGCCACCUAUCAGUGCCUCCUCAUCAGUGCUGCCUAUCAGUGCCCAUCAGUACAGCCUAUCAGUGCCCAUCACUGCAGCCUCAUUAGCGCACACCAGUGAAGAAGAAAAAUUACUUAUUUACAAAUUUU